ACAGACACAUGCUAUGGCUAAGCUGAGUGCAGCUGAGAAGCAGAGGCGUUACAGAGAGCGUAGGGAUGCUGACCCUCAACGCAGACAGGAAUACUUGCAAAAAAGGAAAGAGAGCUAUGCCAGAGACAUUGAUACAGGAAAGAGGAAGCGAAUCAGUGAGCUCACUGAAAGGAAUAAGAGAGUUCAGCGUAAGGAAUGGAGGAUUCGCCAGCAAAGGUGCAGAGAAAGAUCUAGGACCAACGGACAGAACAGAGCAUGUUGCUCAUGUUACUGUCUGCAGGAAGUUGCCCUUGUACCUUUGGAAGAAGCAAUCAGUCAUCUGAGCAACGAGUUCAGGCCUACUGUCAUUGGACCUCACCACUGUGGUCAGUGGUGUGUUGUCCAGUACGAUAACACCCCUUACCCUGGCAUCAUUCUGCAGGUAGAGGAAGGCAGUGUGCAAGUGAAAUGCAUGCACUCCAAUGGAGUUAAUAUGUUCUACUGGCCAAGCCCCAGAGAUGACGUGACCUGGUACGAGGAUGGCCAGAUCAUGUGCCUCAUUCCAGAACCCCUGGCACUGAAUCGGCGCUCAGUUCAAAUUGAAAAAAGUUCUGGGAGUUCAUCAAGGAACAGCUGCUGUAAUAAUAUUAAUUUAUACACAUAAUCAGUUAACACAAGUUCAUUAUUUGAACUUUUAGUAGUUUCCAAAUGCAUCUUUCCAAGUGCAGUUAUUUUAAGUCUUGCCAAUGAGUUUGUUUGAUUAACGUUUGUGUCACGUUUACAGACUGCAACUGGAGUUGAAACUUGUAAACUUUUACAUAUAAUAUUAUACUUAAGUUUUAUACUUACUUUUUUACUGUUUAUAUUGUUCCAUGAAACAUUUUGGAUGUAAUGCCUCAUUAUUGUUUAGAACUCCAGAUAGUUUGAUCUUAUGAAUGUCACCUUAUGUCACUGGUGUCACCGUGUGCAUUUUUGGGAACAUCAGGUUAAAAUAUGGCAAAUUUGUCAUGGUAGGGAUUUUGAAUCAGUUUAAUUUUCCUGUACUCAACAGUUCACAUUUCCAAUAUUUCAUUAUUACUUCAUCUUAACUGUUUUCAAUUACAUUUUCAUUUUUAAAGUAAAUACAC